AUGGGCUCAAAAAGGAAGAGACAGGAGAAGAAGAAGGAUUUCCAGAAGGCAAAGCUCAAAGUUGGUAAAACGGCGAAGAAGCCAGACAAUUUCACAGAUACCUCAUUCACAGCAAAGUCUAUCUCUUUGCCGAAUCAGUCUGUCUCAAAGAAGAGCUCAUCUGGACCAGUCGACUUGUCUCAUCAAAUUUCGUUGACGAAACAUCAUAGUUCCCAAACAAGAAAAGAGGUGCUUGGAUUUAUCGAAAACCAUCUUCCGUCUAAUCCAUCGCUAUACAAGCAGAUUAUCACUGCCACCAUACCGCUCAUCACAGACCUGAGUCCUGGUGUCAGACUGGCCCUCGUUUCUCUAUUAAAAGCAUGUGCAAAUAAACAGAGUGGAUUAUUAGAGCUCCACAUGCGGUCCAUUGUGCUUUUCUUGAACUCGGCCAUGACCCACAUCCAACCAGAUAUCAGAGCAUCUUCAACGUCCUUGCUCGAAAUACUUGUUGACCUAGCACCCGAGCCUCUUGUCAAGGGAUAUUUUGUCAAGGUUUUGAAAAGCUACUAUGCUUUAUUGUCUUGGCCCUUGACGGGCGAUCGUAAAGCAGUCUCGCUUGCAGUGAACAGUAAUGGCUCUUUAGGUGGAGGCAAAAAGUCCAGGGCACAACACAUCCGAAUCCUACGCAAGUUUCUCAAUGCAGCUCUCGAUGAAGAGGCUGCCAAGAAGUCGGUGCUCUCCAUUGACUGGUCCCAGGUUAACAUGCCUCAUCACACGACCCCCAAUUUCAUGAUCCCCCAGAUUCCACAGGCAUUUUCCUCCUUCAAAUUUUUUGUCGACGAGCUCCCGUCAUCAACAUCUAAAGUAGCAUCUGAAAAUACCAAGGAAGGUGAAUUUUCGCUACGAGAAGCUGAGACCAUGUCCACAGAAGAUAUUCAUACAAGACAGAAAAUUAUGAAAGAUGUUUUCCUCGAUAGCAUCUUGAAAAACCUCGCAAAUGCCAGUAAAGAAGGAGGCGAAAUCGGUAUUGAGGCGAAUGGCUGUAUUGAAACAAUCAAUACCCUCAAGAACCCGACGGAUGGUUCAGAAAAUCAAUAA